CAUAAUCUGAAGUUUUAUGACCUCUACUUCAGUUUAGUUCCGUCCAGAGAUCUUGUUUUGAGUUCGCGCUACUUCCUGACAGACUUCCCAUUGGGUUUAAAAUUCACCCAUGAGCUAGGGUCGGACGUCGUGCUUGGUGACGUCAAAACAAGUUAUGUUUACAGCUAGCUUGAUGCUAGGCAGUCUUGCGUCAAGACCAGACCCGCGUUUUAGCAAAUUCCUCACCUGCUCUCGUGGCUUUACAAGUCUUUGAUUCACAGAUGCAGUGUGUAGUUUCAGCGUGAGUAAUGCAGGAUAGGUACAGUGAGAUAGGCCUCGUCCAGCAAAUACUCGGUUUGAAUUUAGUGCCGAGAAAGAAUGGCACACACCGAGGCAACGACACUUCUCUCAACGACUUCUCAGAGAUGUGGUACGGAGUGUUUCUGUGGGCAGCGGUCUCCUCUCUGGUCUUCCACCUGCCGGCAGCGCUGCUCGCCCUCGCCACGCUGCGCCAGCACAAGAUCGCCCGAUUCAUUCCCAUCGCCAUCGUCCUCAUGGGCAUCGUGGGACCACUUUGUGGGGGAGUCCUCACCAGUGCAGCCAUAGCAGGUGUGUACAAGGCUGCAGGAAAGAGGAUGAUCCAUUUGGAGGCUCUAUUUUUCGGUGUGGGACAGUCUUUUUGUGUCCUCCUCAUCUCCUUCUUUAGGGUGCUUGCCACCCUUUAGCAGCGCCGAGGCCUGCCUGGCUGCCCCGCUGGUCGGGUCCCUGGCUGGCCCGCUGGCUGGCCCGCUGGUCGGGCCCCUGGCUGGGCCCCUGGCUGGGCCCCUGGCUGGGCCCCUGGCUGUCCCGCCGGCUGUCCCGCUGGCUGGCCCGCUGACUGGCAGCUGAGUCUUGACACCAGUCGCACCUUCUCUUGGUGGAACCCGAGUUUAACGUGGUACAAGACUCGCUCCCUGGAAAAUCCCGGUUCCCUUGUAAACCAGUAGGGCCCGGGACAUGGCGUCAUUUUCCUACUGGAAGACGGGAGCGGAUUUGAUUGAACUAUGAAAGAAAGAGCUGGAGGUGUGUUUGCAGCACUAAGCCUUCUGAAAGAUGUCCACUGUAGGACAGCACAGCGCUGCUUUCACAUCACGGGCCGACCACACUACACACACUUUUUUUUCUGAUCUUAAAAAUAUAUUGAAGAUGCGCUCCCAGGGCUAGCGGCAUUUUUAAAUAAUAUUAUUAAAUAAUCAUUUCUUUAAUUAUUAAUAAUAGUUCUUCCUGUGUGGUGUGAAGGAAGCAGGAUGCUGCUGUUCCUUAUCGCCGGGGUUGUCGGUCAGCAGCAGGAUGACACUAACCUUUCUCAGGGGCUGUGUUUGUGUGUGUGUGUGUGUGUUUGUGUGUAUCUGUGUGUGUGUGUGUGUCUUUCACUAUUGGUCUGACAACAGUUUGACUCCAUGCAAUGACUGCCAAGAGACAGAAUAACAGGCAGGAAGAUGAUGGUUAUAUGCAAGAUUCUGGCUUUUUUUUUUUCUUGAGGCCUUAACUUCUUUUUUCUGACUUCCAAAGUGGUGUUUAUCUUCAGGGCUGUCUUUCUUUAACACUGUCCCCUGCUCCUUUCAUUCUAGUCGGACUGCCUGUGUGUUACUGUUGAUUCUCAAUAAGUUAGAAGCUCCUGCAUCCCGUUCCCUUCUAGCUUUCUCUGCUAAUUUAUUUCAGACAAGCAUCAAGGUUUUUAUUGAUAACGUUUUUAUGGGACACAACAUUUAAAUUUUUUUAUUCUGCCCUGCAAAUGCAGCCUAUAGAAUGUGUUGAGAUUCUCAUCCUCUUGGUUGGUGUGUUUGGUUGUGAGUGAAUAGAUCAGAGGUGCGCACAGAUUACUCCACAAACCCCAAAAGAGUUGUUGAUUGUUGCUUUUCUCUCUAAAUGACCCUGUUUUUACAGGUGUGUCAUUUUGGGACACUGAACUGAUUUGUAUAUAUUCUAAAUGAUUUCCAGGUCUUUGUAGCUUUUCGAUCUUUAUGACCAAAUAGGUUUUGCUGUUUUUAUUUCUCUGCACUAGAUGUAUUACGUUGUAAUACGGUGAUUGAACAGAAGUGUGGUUGUUAGUUGUUGGACUCGUCAUAUUUAGGUGCUUCUGCGUCCCCAUCACGGGCAACACACAGACCGAGGUGAACUCUGCAUGGAAAACCUUUACUUUAAUGAGGAAAAAGAUGGAGCUUAUAAUUGAUGCUGUUUCUGUUUAAACGACUACUUAGUAGGGAGUUCCACUAGCUGCUACCAGACAGGGAUCUACUGUUGUGACAGGAGUCACUUUUCCAUUGGUUUUGAUUUCUAUUUUUGUAUCUUUGUCUUGAUGAUAAGCUGCUUCUGUAAAAACUGCAUCAAGAAAUGAGUUUGCAUCAUCAUUGAAUUUUAUGAACAUGUAGAGUUCAUUGACUUGCUUUUGGUGUAAAGGUAAAAGAUUUUGACUGAUUCAUUGCAUGUCUCAUACGGUCUUCUCACUUACAAUUUGGUCUGUAUAAAUGUAUCUAUAACGCCCUGAAAAAGUCAGCAAAAAAGGUUCCCUAGCCGUCUCAGACUUUAGCAAAUCAAGCAAAACAUGGAUUACAUUUUUAAGAGUAGACUAACAGAUUUACGACAACCUGUUUCACAGGUCUGAGUCCUGCUUUGAGUUUUGUGUAACUGUAGUUUGAAAAACAUUUCCCGUCUUUUUGGUUUAGUGUACAACUACGUGGGCCAGAAUUCCUUGUGAACCUAAACCGAUAUGCAGACCGGAUCA